GGAGGAGGAGAAGAAGAAAGAGGAGAGGAGAGGAGGGGAGCUGUGGAGAAGGAGGGAUAGAGGAAGAGGAGGAGGUGGAAGUCUGAAUAAGAAAGCAGCUCCUCCCGCUUCCUCGAGCCGCCUGCAGACCGGACAGCAGCUGCAGAAAAGCCCCAGUCAGCAGCAAAACCACGUCCUUAUCUGGAUUUAACUCGCCGUGACUUCCCCGGAGCACCGACAGCGCCGCCGUGCCUCUCUGAACCGACCGACAAUGCUCUCCCCGGGACUCUCCGUGUCUCUGCUGGCCGUGUCCUGCGCGCUGUGGCCGGCUGCGGUCCGGGCGGCGUCCUGCGAGUCUGUGCGGAUCCCGCUGUGCCGGUCCAUGCCGUGGAACAUGACCAAGAUGCCGAACCACCUCCACCACAGCACGCAGGACAACGCGGUGCUGGCCAUCGAGCAGUUUGAAGGGCUGCUGGGUACUGGCUGCAGUCCGGAUUUGCUCUUCUUCCUGUGUGCCAUGUACGCUCCCAUCUGCACCAUUGACUUCCAGCAUGAGCCCAUCAAACCCUGUAAGGCCGUGUGCGAGCGGGCGAAGUACGGCUGUGAGCCGGUGAUGAAGCGUUACAACCACAGCUGGCCCGACAGCCUGGCCUGCAGCGAGCUGCCGCUGUACGACCGCGGAGUCUGCAUCUCACCUGAGGCCAUCGUCAAGGCAGAUGGACCAGAUCCAUACUACCAGGACCCAGCCAGGUGUAACCCAGAAUCCAGUCCAGACUUUCCAAUGGACUCCAACAACCUCCACUGCAGAGGACCAAAUGGAGAUCGCUGUAGAUGUAAGCAAGUCAAAAUGGCAAUGAAAAUCUACAAGAAGAACAACUACAACUACGUGAUCAGGGCGAGGGUGAGGGAGGUGAGGAAUCGCGGUCUGGAGCCCACAGCAGUGGUGGAGGUGAAGGAGGUGUUCAAGUCUUCUCUGGUCAACAUUCCCAAGGAUAUACAGACGCUUUACUACUCAUCCUCCUGCCUGUGUCCUCCUCUGUCUCCUGGGGAGGAGUACCUCAUUAUGGGCUACGAGAACGAAGAGACGUCCAGGUUGCUCCUGAUUGACAGCUCCAUUGCUCAGAAGUGGAAGGACAAAAUGGGCAGGAAGGUCAAGAGAUGGGAUAAGAACAUACAGGAGAAAGCCCGAGUACCUCCACAGGGGAAUCGCCACUGAGAUCUGACUGUGUGUGUGUGUGUGUGUGUGUGUGUGUGUGUGUGUGUGUGCGUGUAUGUGUGUGUGUAGAUAUUGCACUAUCACAGGCUGUUGUAGCUGAAUGUAGUUCAUCUCUUCAUCUGUCAGACUGUUUGGAGUCUGUUUUUUGUCAUUUAUUUUCUUUGCACAAACAUUAUUUAGUGUGCGUUUAGUGUGUGCGUUUGUCAGUGUGUGCAUGUGUGUGUUUGUAUGUGCAUCUGUGUGGCGUGGUGUGUGUGUGUGUGUGUGUGUGAGUGUACACCUAAAGCUCUCAAUAAAGACGAAGGGGUGGAGGUGGAGCUUCAAAGCUGUAGUACUAAACCUACGCACAGCCAUACAGUAUGUACAUGACUUUUAAAUUUUUUUGGAGCAAAUUUCUUUUCAGUGGCCAUGUUGGCUCCACUGCUCCUCUUCAUGGUCACGGUCUUUAAUAGUCCUGGAUGUUGGUCAUGUUACCCUGGCGAUGUGACGGAGGACAUUUUUAAUGAUACGAAAGCCAUUUGGACUUGGACAUUUCGGACUAUGAUAGAUCUGUUGCCAUGACCUUAACUUUACUGAACUCUGCGAAAAGGAAAACGGCAUCGAGACCAACAGCAACAGGAGCAACGGCAGCAGAAUGUGGGCAGAUGGAGGGUUCGCUUACUUACUUCAGCCUUUGUUGGAUCCAGCGCCUCCUCUGGUCUCAAUGUGUCACAACAACAGAAAACGACAAAUGUCCGUAUUAUUGUUGGACAGGAAACAUACACUCGGUGGCCAUUUUAUUAGGUACGCCUGCACAGUCUAUUGCAAUUCAACAGCUCUGCCAUAAAUUCUACUUUUUAAGAAGUUUCUAACGUUUUUUUGACAUUGGAGAAAAUGUGUAAAUUCGAUUUAUGUUUUUACUGAGGACAUAGUUAAAGGUGGUGUUGUACUGUACUACAUUACAUUGAGAGGUGUUGCUAAUUUUUGCCCUCCCUCCUUAUUUACAUACAUGAGUGGGGGCAGAAUAUAACACCUCCACCACUAACUAUGACCUCAAUGCUAAAAUAUACAGUAAUUGAAUUAACACCUCUAUGAAAAACUGAACAUUAUAAGCAUCAUAAAAGCAGAUUUUAUGGCAGAACAGUUGUAUUGGAUUGCAUUAGCUUGUACAGGUAUACUUAGUAAAGUAUAUACACUGAGUGUAUAUACUGUAAGACGAGUGUGGAGUGUGCCACUGGAAUAAUUAUACACUAACUAGCUCUACACUGCAAUACAAAUAAAUGUAACUGUCCCUUUUACAACGUGCUCUUUUAACACGAGUCAGCUUGAAACAAAAAUGUGUAACUCAUGGAGCUAACGUUAGCUCGGUUACCAAGGCAAAAAAUAAAACGUGGCAUGGAAUAUAUUUAAAAUUUGAAACCCCAUUUUAAAAUUAAAUUAUUAAUUCAUCAUUUAAGGACAGAAUAAGAAAAAGUCAUUUCUGAUUGACAAAUUGAAUAAGUUUUUUAAAAAAGCUUUUUUUUUUUUUUUUUUUUAAGAAAUGUUAUUAAUUCAGAAUGGCACACUCCAGACUCUCUCUCUAUAUAUAAAUAGAAAAUAUAAAAGAUUGUCUUUGGUGAGUUCCACUAAUGGUUUAUCAAGCUCUCCUUAACCUCGCCACCAUCUUUAGUGUCACUGUGGAUGCAUCAGAGUGCCUCUUUAUGAAUCACAGAUUAUAGAAUUUAUUAGAACUGAUCUUUUGCUAAUCACUUAUCAGUUAUAAUCUUUUAUUUUUUUUGGUUAGGUGACGUCGAUUAGGUCACGUGACACUCAGUGUUGUGUUUUUCUCCCGAGCGGAGGGGAAGUUAGAGGGCAUGUUAAACCAUUUCUGAGACACACUGCUUGUUUGAUUGAUGUGAUGGGGGGGAAGAAGGUACGGUCACAAAACAUUACACUUCCGACCUACGAAUAUUUGUUCCGUCUCGUUCAUUUCUGUUGAAACCUGCAUGACGAAUUCAAGUUUCCUGUUUCCGUGCGAUCUCCAGCCGGCUCCGGCAGAUUCGCAGUUCAGAGUUCACCAUUGUUAAACUUUUACAGUUUGUGAUGGCUUUCAUCAAUAUCUGUUACCUGCAUCAGAGCCGUGCCACCGCGUCCUUUUUCGGGUCCGAGUGCAGGGCAGUUUUGUUGAACGGAAGGCUAAUGUGACCGUACCUUAACACUAUCAGCAUCAGUUUCUACACUUUACUGUUGAGGUGUGAAGACCCACUGGAAGCAAGAAAAUCCUGCGACAGUAACUUUACACACGUGCGAGUGUCAACGUUUGUAAGCUUAGCAACUAUUGUUGGCAAGCACUGAGUGAAUAUACAAACCUAGCACUUUCUCCAGCAAUUUACAAGACUUGCCUUGUCUUUGCAUAAGCGUCAUACAAAAGAGGACUUCCUCGUAGGAAACUACGAUAACGACCUCCUCCGCACUAAAAAGCAAACUACCAGUAAAUGCAGCACCCCGGCCCCAUCUCGACAUGCGUAUCACACAUCAAAUGCAUAAUACUAACAGAAGAUGCAGUCGAGGUAGGGUAGUCGGGAUAAGCUGGGGAAUGAACAUAAUGAAAUUACCAACGUGUCGACCUGCAUCAAGAUGCCGCCUGUGUGAGGGCUUACAUUGAAAAUAAGUAGGUAAGAGUGUUUUUGACUUAAAUUUUUCUUUGUCGGUGGCACAUCGAAGCAAAGUUGGCCUCAUUUGUGUUGCUGAACAUUGUUAAAUCCUCCCUGUUCAGUCCUGCUGCUCUGAGGAUUAGUAGAGAUUCUUUAAAUGGGAUUUGUUGCACUGCAGCCAGCCGGUCUUCACCCGUACGAAUGAGCUCUGAGAACUGUCCUGCAGACUCUGCUGUCAGGAAGAAACCAGGAUAAACAUUCAUUUUAAAUACAAGAAUGUCAUUUGAAAGGCCUUUUUCACAGCAGACAUUUUGACUUGUCAUAUUAGUAAAAGCACUUGUUACUAACAAACUGGCUCUGUUCUAUUCAGGUCAUGACAGCGUGACAGUGAGCCAGCUUGUACAAUUUCAGGAUCCUGAAACUGAAGCAGCCAAAUGGAAUUCAACCAUCCUUAACUUUAUUAUUUACAUGUGUGCUUUUCCUACUGUGACAUGUCAAAAUGUCUAGUGUGAAAAUGUCCUUAUAGCAAGUCCUUUUUCAUUUCAUUGUGACUUUUUAAAGAGCAGACUGGAGUUCCUGCUGUCUCUGCCUCUGAUAAACAAACAGUGCUCUCAUUAUCACGCUGUAACUCUGUCCAUGUAAACACACUAACACUCAGUACUACACUACUUUUAUCAGUAAACUAUACUAACACCGAUAUUUUGAACUCUGGACUCUUCACAGCAGUUUGAACCAUUAAACAUGAAUUUAGACGACA